UGACAGAAGUCCCACUCCUCUGUUCUUCAAUCCACAGUUUGGCAAGAUGACUUCUCUGCAUGCUGCUUUGCUCUUGGGAAUUAUUUCUCUUUCAUUUGCUGUUGAGUCAAGCAUCAAGUGGUGUACAGUGUCUCCACACGAGACAAGGAAAUGCAAGGAUUUAAAAAGCCAAAUGGCAAAUGAAGGCUUCUCCAACUUUAUAUGUGUGCAGAAGGAUAGUCCUGAAACCUGUUUGAGUGCCAUCAAGAAUCGAGAAGCAGAUGCUAUAACUGUGGAUGCUGGAGAUAUCUACAAGGGAGGUCUCUUGCCUGAACCACGCCUGAAACCUAUUGCAGCUGAGAAUGUCACAGGCGAAUCCUGCUACUAUGCUGUAGCAGUGGUAAAGAAAGGCAGUGGCUUUGAUAUCAGUCAGCUGAAGGGCAAGAAGUCAUGCCACACUGGCUUGGGUAAAUCUGCUGGAUGGAAUAUCCCAGUUGGCACCCUUCUGAAACGUUUUGGAGAUAGUUUCAAUAACGAGGAUCCCGUUGAAAAAUUUGUGGAAGAAUUCUUUUCCAGCAGCUGUGUUCCAGGUGCCGCUAAAAGUUUCCCUAAACUUUGUAAACUCUGCAAUGGAACAGGAACAAAUUUCUGCCAGCGAUCACAUAACGAACCCUAUUAUGAUUAUUCAGGAGCAUUUCAAUGCUUGAAGGAUGGAAAAGGAAAUGUAGCCUUUGUGAAACAUACCACAGUGCCAGCUGCUGAGAGGGCAAACUAUGAGCUCCUGUGCUUAGAUGAUUCCAGAAAGGCAGUCGAUAAAUACAAAGAGUGUAACUGGGCAAAAGUGCCAGCUCAUGCAGUGGUCGUAAGGAGCGGAACUGUUGAAGAUGCGAAAAAUAAUGAGAUCUGGAGAUUCCUCUCAACAGCCCAGAAAAGAUUUGGGCCACAGAGUCAGGGAACAUUUAAACUUUUCAGUUCAUCACAAUAUGGACGGAAGGAUUUGAUGUUUAAAGAUGCGACGGAAGAACUGAUUCACCUUCCCAAAGCAACUGAUUACCUUCUGUACCUUGGCACGAAUUAUGUAAAUGCUCUGAAAACCAUUACCAAAGAGCCCGGUAGCUUGAGUAAUAAGAUACGUUGGUGUACAAUUGGUGAAGCUGAAAAGAAUAAGUGCGACAUGUGGACAUCAGUAAACUGUGUCUCAGGUGACAGUGCUGAGGACUGCAUCAAACAGAUUAUGUCUGGUGUUGCUGAUGCAGUAAGUCUUGAUGGUGGGCAAGUCUAUGUUGGAGGAAAGUGUGGCCUUGUCCCAGUUAUGGCAGAGCAUUAUAACAAAAAAAAUCUUAACCCAUGCAGCUCACCAACGAACACAAAAAUACCCUCUUACUAUGCUGUGGCGGUUAUAAAGGAUACUAGCCUGAACUGGGAGAGACUGAGAGGGAAGAAGUCCUGUCACACAGCUAUUGGCCGGACUGCAGGCUGGAACGUUCCCAUGGGAUACCUGAUCAACAAAAAUAAAAUCAAAGCUUGUGAUGUUUAUAAUUCAACCUAUUUUGGUUCGAGCUGUGCUCCUGGAGCGGAUAAGAAUGUUUACCCCAAACUGUGCUCCCUUUGCAUUGGUAAUGGAAAGCCAUUGGAUACAGAAAGCAAAUGUGUAGCUAACAACAAUGAACGAUACUUCAGCUACAGUGGAGCCUUCAGGUGCAUGGUAGAAGCAGGUGAUGUUGCUUUCGUCAAACAUACCACCGUGCCAGAGAACACUGAUGGGAACGGACAUCUCAGUUGGAAUCAGAAUCUGAAUUCUGCGGACUAUCGCCUCCUGUGCAAGAAUGGUAAUACAGCACCAAUCUCUGACUACUUGACCUGUAACCUGGCUGAAGUGCCAGCACAUGCCGUUAUGACACGACAUGGUAUGGAAAAGAAAAUUGUCAAUCUGCUGAAAGCUGAACAGACAAAAUAUGGCCGUAAUGGAACCUUAAACGCAGCUUUCAAAAUGUUCAGCUCGGAGACAUUUUUGGGCAAGGACCUUCUUUUCAAGGACUCUACUCAGUGCCUCAUUGAAGUCCCCCGAAAAGACUACAAGAACUUCCUGGGUGCUGAUUAUAUUGCCUCAUUGAAAGGGCUUCAUGCCUGCAAAACUCCUGAAGUUGUUCUCGAUUCCUUCAAUCCACAGAUUGGCACGAUGAUUUUGUGCUACGCUGUUAUACUCUUGGGAAUUAUUUCCCUUUCAUUUGCCGGUAUGUCAAAUAUCACAUGGUGUACAAUCUCUGAAGCAGAAUUAUCAAAAUGCAACGAUUUGGGAAAGGAAAUGACACAAGAACCCUUUAUCUUCCAAUGUAUAAAGAAAGACGAUGAUGAAGCCUGUCUGACUGCUAUCAAGAAUAGAGAAGCAGAUGCUAUAACUGUGGAUGGUGGAGAUAUCUACAAGGGAGGCCUAGAGCCUGAACCACGCCUGAAACCAAUUGCAGCCGAGAAUACCACAGAGGGCUCCUGUUAUUAUGCUGUAGCAGUAGUAAAGCAAAGGAGUGACUUUGGCUUCCACGAUCUACUGGGCAAAAGAUCCUGUCACACUGGCAUUGGUAAAUCUGCUGGCUGGAUCAUCCCAAUAGGAACCAUUCUGAGAUACAACUUGACGUCUUGGAAUAGAAUGUCUCCAAUUGAGGAAGUUGUACAAAAGUUCUUCGCCUCCAGCUGUGUCCCCGGUGCCAGUCCAGAUUUCCCUGAGCUGUGUGCACUGUGCAACGGAACAGGGGAGAACCAUUGCAAGAGAUCACAUGUUGAACCCUACUACGAUUACUCUGGAGCAUUUCAAUGUUUGAAAGACGAUGCUGGUGAUGUGGCCUUUGUAAAACAUAGCACAGUGCCAGCUGCUGAGAGGCAAAACUAUGAGCUCCUGUGCCUGGAUGGUUCCCGAAAGCCAGUGGAAGAUUACAAGGAAUGUCACUGGGCUAAAGUGCCUGGUCAUGCUGUGGUGGUAAGAAGUGGGAGUGCUGAUGAUGAGAAGACCAGGGAGAUUCGGAGAUUCCUAACAAGAGCUCAGGAAUUAUUUGGGUCAUCAAGUAAUAACGCUUUCAAACUCUUUGACUCAACAAAAUAUGGACAAAAGAACUUGAUGUUCAAAGAUUCAACACAGAACCUCAUUCAGCUCCCAGAUGGGAUGGACUCUUUGCUAUAUCUCGGCAGUGAAUAUGCAAAUGCGAUACGGACUCUUCAAAAUGCAAGUGAGAGUCACUCGAAUCCUUCAGAGAUACGCUGGUGUACCAUUGGAGACCUUGAACAACAGAAGUGUAACGCCUGGGGGGCAGUAAAAUGUGUAAUGGGCCUCAGUGCUGAAGACUGCAUCAAAAAGAUUAUGUUUGGAGAAGCUGAUGCAGCAAGUCUUGAUGGCGGAGAGGUCUAUACUGCAGGAAAGUGCGGUCUUGUCCCAGUCAUGGCAGAGUAUUAUAAUAAAACUAACCUUGAGCCAUGCAAUUCCACAGCCAUGAAUGACCAAAUCAAGAUACCCUCUUACUUUGCUGUGGCGGUUGUAAAGGAUACUAGCCUGAACUGGGCGACACUGAGAGGGAAGAGGUCCUGUCACACAGCUGUUGGCCGGACUGCAGGCUGGAACAUUCCCAUGGGAUACCUGAUUUCAGAGAGGAAAAUCAACGCUUGCGAUAUUUUUAAUUCAACAUAUUUCAGUCAGAGCUGUGCCCCUGGAGCGAAUGCUGCCCUGCACCCAAAUUUGUGCUCUCUGUGUAUUGGAAGUGAAAGUCAAAGUUCAACGGCACCAACAAACAAAUGCGUGGCCAACAGCAAUGAGAGGUACUACAGCUACAGCGGUGCCUUCAGGUGCCUUGUGGAAGUAGGUGAUGUUGCAUUUGUUAAACAUACCACGGUGUCGGAGAACACUGACGGUAAUGGAAACCUUAACUGGAAUCAGAAUCUGAAAUCUUCUGAUUAUCACCUCUUGUGCAAAGAUGGUACUACAGCCCCAAUUGAUCAGUUUAUGAACUGUCAUUUGGCUGAUGCCCCAUCACAUGCUGUUAUGACACGAUCAGAUAAGAGAGCAAAAGUUCUCCAACUGUUGAAGAAUGAGCAGUUGAAACAUGGUCGUGGUGGAUCUGAGGAAAACAACUUCUCCAUGUUUGAAUCAACAAUGUUUUCUGGGAAGGAUCUCCUAUUUAAAGACUCCACUCAAUGCCUCAUUGAAGUCCCAGAUGGUGAUUAUAAAACGUACCUGGGUGACAGUUACAUCAAAAUAAUGGAAGGACUCCAGUCCUGUGAACCCCUUGAGCUUCUGGAAGCUUGUUCCUUUAAAACCUGCUGAAGCCCAUAGUGAUGACUUUGGGAGGACUUUCCAACGAUGAUCAGCAAUUUCUCCAUUCUUUC